GCCAUCACAACGACCUUGAGGGUGUCACGGUACUUUAUGCAAUCCCUGCCCCGUCUCCAGAAAAUACUUCUGCUGUGCCAAAGCCAUCCAUUUGGGUUCAUCUCUAUCAGGUCACUAUAUUGAGGCGGGGACCCAGGAGAAGAAUGUUUAGAAGAUAGCAAAGCACCUCCUUUCUGUGGCUCAAAGCAGUGUUAGUAUCUUCAUCACUGUCCAGGAGUGUGAAGGGAUGAUGUGUAUGAAUCACAUUGACACUGGAGAAAUAUUUGAUAUAGUAAAUUGUUGUCCUGGACAUGGCUAUACAGUGUCAAUGUGGACAGAUAGCCACCUCCAAACUGUUACAAAUGAAAUGGAAGACAUUUGUGAGUGGAGUCUGGAGUAGUCCUCCAUGGCGCUCUCUGUCUCUGGGCGUGCCGAGGUGUGGGAAAGAUCACUACUCCACCCUCGGCGUCCCCAGAGAUGCCACCCCCGACCAGGUCAAAGCUGCCUACUUCAAACUGUCCAAAAUAUAUCAUCCAGAUUUGAAUAAAUCCCCUAACGCCCAGGAGAAAUUUACUGAGAUAAACACUGCGUAUGAGGUGAUCGGAAGUCCUCUGCAGAGGAAGGAGUAUGACAAGACCCUGAGACUGUAUACAGCUACAACUAGACCUUACUAUAGAACACAGUCGGGGAGCAGGCCCUCUAGUCAAACAGGGCCUGAUUGGUGGACUGGGCACAGUCAAAGGUCAAGGUCAGACUACGACCCACAUAAUUCCAACUCGAGAUACAGAACAGCAUAUCGGCCUUCUGGUAACAGCUUCAAGCGUUACGGGCAUCAGUAUUACGAACCACAUGAUAUAGAUUAUGAUGAACUCUGGAGAAGAAUUCAAAACAAACGCAAAAAGACUCAAGAUGGUCAUGUGAGAUAUGAUGAAAAUUUUAAAUUCAAUAGAAAGCAACAAGUAGAGGAUAGUUUAAACCAGCUAGCUUUGCCUUUCUUCUCACUCUGUUUCAUGUUAUUUCUAAUCUGUGCAACCAUGACACUCCGAAUGGUGGUAGCCAAGUCAAUGGACCCCAACAAAUAUAUAAGUGUCCAUGAUUUGCGUAACACAAAAGUGGGGAAAGAUAUUAAAUAUGUAAAUAUCGGUGAUGUACGGAAAAGAAAAGUCAAGGAAUAACCCUGUGCCCUGUUCCAUAUACCUGGCUGAUUUUCUUGUAGUUCAAAAGCCUCCAAACGGAUGGGACUUGUUUAUGGAUGAUCCAGUGUGUUGUAGUGAUAUUGGCAGUAUUUUAAAUUAAUUUAAUAAAAUUUCAAAAAUGCCUUCCA